AUGAUAGAAUAGAUUGCCUUUGCAUCAAAUAAAAAGGCCUAAGACGUGACACUCAAAAGUCUGUUGGAUACACCACUUCGUUGCAUCGUUGCCAAAAUUUUAGAAGUAUGCAUUAGUAAACUUCUUAACUGAUUUUCAGAAGAAAAAGAAUCCUUGGGGCCCUUUUAGUAUGCUAUGAAAAUUAGUGCUUAAAAUAAAAUAAUUGAGAUCUUCAAUAAGCAACCAGGAAUCGUAGAAGAAUUAUAUGUCAAACCAGAUGAUAUUAUUACCAUUGAAAGCGUUCUUUAUACUUUAACCUAUCAAAUUCAAGACGUCCAAAUUGUUCAAAUUUCAAAAGCCAAUCCAAUCAAGAAAUAUCCUAAAAUUAGAAUCAACAUCAUAACUUAAAAUCAGUACAAAGAAUCUACUGAGAAGGAAGAUCCAAAACAAGAAAAGUAAACUCUAGAAAAUCAUCUCAAUAUUUAGUCAUCCAAUCUUAAUAUUGAAUUUCAAAAUGAAAAUCAUUCUUAAAUUGUAACAUAUUAAUAAUUUUAUGAGGUCUCAAAGAACUAAGAAUAAGCUCAAUGA